AUGAAGCUUCCAACUAUCGCAAUAUUAGCCACAAUUUUAUAUUUAAACCUAGCUAAAGGGGAGAAAAAAUCCUAUAUUGUAACCAAUGAUAAGUGGGACAAUAUUGAAAGUGAAGAGGAAAGUUUAAUGCUCUUCGAUGUACAUAUGGUGAAGCGGGAACGUUUUAUAAACGGAACGGUUACAUUGAUCGAGGAUUUCGAUGACGAGAAAUUUGAAUUUAUGGUCGAAAUGUUCACAAGUCCAAAUAGCGAUGGUAAUUAUCAACGAAUGGCCUUUGGUGUACCCAAGAUACAUAUGUGUGAAGGAUUGAAAAAGUUUUACGCUAAAUUCAUUCAGCCCUCUAUGGUUCUCGGAGAAAACACAAAUUUUCCUUACGUCGACGAAGAGGAAGGACUAUGUCCUUUACCUAAAGGCGAAUACUGGAUUAAGGAAAUACUUUUGAAUACGGAAACUUGGCCCACUCAAUUUCCGCGCGGACUACUUAAGGUGGUUAUAACAAUAUUUAAAAAUGAUUUAGUCGUGGGCGGCGCUAUCGUAAUUUUGAAAAUUGAAGACAGACCCACUUAG